GGGCAAGAACAACGUAGCUCGUACAGGCGCGGUUUGACGUGCCUACUCUAUACUAUACUAUACUUCGUACAUUACCACUUCAAUCUUUUCGUAAAUAACUAUUAAAAUUUGUAUAAUUGUUUAUUCUCAUCAUGUUUAAAUGCUAACUGCACAGAAUUAUUUCAAAAUGCCACCUAUGCAAAGCAUGCUGGGAUUAUUUAAGACAUAACCGGCGUGACGGUGACCACAAAAGACCUGAAGCGAACCGCGAUCCAAGGCCAAACGCUCUGUUAAACACGCCCUGAUAUUGGAUGCCCUGGGUGGUGCGGUGUUUUGGGGCGUGACGCUAAGGUCAUAUUUGUAGUUUGUUUAGAAUAAGGUUAAAAUUGUAAUCGUGAACUCCAUGGUUUUAGAGUAAUGGGUUCCAAAACUAAGACUGGCCUUGCUGCUACGUAUUUGACUGUAUUAGCUUUCUUGCUCAUAUUCGUAGCUUUUGUGACACCGUGUUGGCUUGAAACUGAUGGUAAAAUACCAAAUCCUAAAUUUAUAAGAAUUGGUUUGUGGGAGGUGUGCUUCAAUGACUUGAAAGACACACAUCACUUUUAUGACACAAGAUUCACUGGUUGUUGGUGGGUUUUUGAAGAGGAAUACUACAUAAUUCAUGACCUUCUUCUGCCAGGAUUCUUCGUUGCCACACAAUUUUUCUUCACAUUAUGUUUCACCCUUCUUCUGGUGGCUAGUUUCCUGACAGCCUUGUACUUGUGUUGUUCCCGCCAUCAUGAUCGCUUUGUUUUGCUUCUGCUCGUCACUGGUGCGGAUCUUGUUUUGGCAGCUGUUGCUGGUACAAUAGCUGUGAUCAUAUUUGGUGCUCGUGGAGAUGGACGUGAUUGGAUGCCUUCUUGGGAGCAUAACAACAUGAGCUGGUCCUAUGCGUUGGCGGUACUAGGGGUUUUAGCCCUCUACGCAUCUGGAUUUCUCUUUCUGACUGAAGGUCGUCGUCAUCACAAGCGCAGAUUGCGUGAACGGGAAGGACACACCUCAGAAUUUGGAAUGCAGCAGAGGAAAGGUCCUGCUACUCAUACUACAAUAUGAGAUUACUGAAAAGAUCUGAUUCGGUUUAAGAAAAGUGCCUUUUAAAACAUAGGGGCAAUUUAUUCCGUCCGGGUGUUAAGUGGAAUAGAUGUAGUUGAACACAAGAUAAUCUUAUGCCAUAAUCGGAGCCAUUGUCUGUGCUCAUUGUUCUGAUUUUUAACUUUUUCAGAGGAAAUUGUUGAAUAUGUUUUAUAGAUUAACUUGUUUCUAUGGAAAAUUAAUUUAUUUUUUACCUUUGAUAGAUAGUACUUAUAAAUUUUAUAAUUUCAGCAACUCUUAAUGUUUUUGUAUUUUCUGCAGUGUCAUGCACAGUGGCUGGCUAGACUACAUACUCAACCACUUAGAAAACAGUUUUGAUAAUCUACACAAAUAAGUAUUUAUAUGUGAUUUUUUUAAGAAGUUGCAACGAAACUUUUGUUUAUUGCAACUGAUAAAGGAAAUGAGUAUUUCUGUAAUUUGUAGGGUGAUUGCAUAUAUUUUUAAUGCACAUUUAUGUUUUUUAUAAACAAUAAUAUAUUUUUUUUGCUCCAUUUGUAAAAAUUGGUCUUCUCAGUAUGUGACUUUAGAUCAAGGAAUGGAUUGGAUAGUACCACAAAUGAUUAUAUAUAUAUAUAUAUAAUGCCUGGUUUAUAUUUUGUUUCUGGCAACAAUUAAUGAAAUGAUGUAAUGUUGUAUAUAGUUUUGCACAUUUAUAUAACUGAAUUAAAAUAUGACAUUAGUCAAGUUUUACAUUUUAACUUGAUGGAAAUGUUUUAUUUACAAUUUGUUAAUUGAAUGAAUUACCAUACUGUGGUACUAAGAAACAAUUCACAAUGUACAAAUAUUUGAUUAUGUUAUAUUUUUCUCAUACAAGAACAUGCUUUUGCUUACAAAAAGUAUCUGAAUUACAUUUGAGAGUAAUUUGUGGAUAUCUCUUUGAUUUCCAUUUUCUGGCUUUUAAAGAUUUUCUUUAUGUAUUGAAUUAUUUCUUAUGUUUCAUAUACACAAUGUCUUGAUUUUGUGUACUUAAUCGGAAAUUUGAAUCUUUGAACAUUAUAAAAAGUAGACAAAGUUUUGAAUGUUGUGUUCAUUUAAGCAGCUCAACAAUUUGAACUAUUAAUGAUUAUGAUAACCCUAAAGACUCAAACGUUAUUGAAAAGCUUACUUCCAGAGUGAUGCAUUUCCAAGAAUGAAAAUUUUCCAGGGGGAGAAAAUGUUCAAAUUCAGCCAUAUUUUUGAAAGUUAGAUUUAAUAGUUUUCAGAUAGUGUUUAUCAUAGAAGAAAAGCUAUUUUUGAAUGCACUAUUUGCCAGCAUUGUGGGGAACUGUCUUGAGAUAAUAUUGAUACUUAAAAACUACAAAACAAAUGGAAAUGAAGAUAUGUCACUCAAAUUACAUGCUUCCUUUUCGGAUGUUAGAAAGAUGUCUGGUGUAUUAGCAAAUGUGCGUAUGCACACAGCAACUCUGCUAUCCCAGAAGUUGGUGUGCACUUAAUUAUUUUCAAUGAUUUGUCAAAAGGAAGUGUGUGAAUGAGGUCAUAGGAAAUAGGCUCUUCAAAUGAGUUGAGAAAUUAUUCUCUGGAGAAGACAAUGAUCUGAGUGAUCUGUAGUGAUGCAUGUCACUUGGGAAAUCAUGUUCUCGUUUGUCUCUGCAUUAUCAGAGAAAUCAUGGGCUUGUUCUAACUUCUGGUCAGCCUUCCUCUCAUUUGAGUAUGAGAAAUAAGUGGUUUUUAUCAAUUCCUUAGUGUUCUUUUUUCCUUGAUUCUGCCUCAAGAUAAAUGUUACAACACAGUAUUUUUGAGGAUAUAAUCAAACAAACUCAUUCCAAAUGCAUGCUACAAAUAAUUAUCUUGUCAAAAUAUAUUUGAGUGAUAAAUAUUUUUGACUCAAGUUUCAAGUAUUUUUAUACCGUCCACUUGUAUAUUUCUGUGUGUUUGAUACUAUUUUAUAGACUAUCUGAGUAAAGUAUAGUUUUAAUAUAUUUUUAUGUUGACCUGUAUUUAAAUACAUUUAUGAAUGCUUGAAAUAUGUAUAAAUAAAUGUGUUCAGUUUCAUUAAACAA